AUGCCUCAGGUAAGGAAUCCCACGCUGACCAUCCGUCCGUAUGAGGAGAAUCCGACAAAUGUUUGGCAGCUUGACACCUUCGACAGCCCAUCAUCCUCAGGAGUGCUCCCGACCUAUCGAGAUUCCAUUACUUUGCCCGGAUAUCCUGUGCAGAACAAGGCCAGGCAGUGGGUGGUGCGGAACCAGGACCCACUGACGGGCGUGGAGUACCGCAAUGGGCUCUCCGAGGUCCCUGGCUUGUUCAUGCAGUUCCAGCUGCCCACGAAGCUCAUCCCUGGGGAUGUCAUCACAAUUCAAGCUCCCAUGGGCUUCUCCUUCAGUGCAGCGGGCGAUGACACCUGCCCCAACUUCCGCUGGGAGCCUAUGGAGGAUGCCUACUUGUACCUGCCCAACUCUUUGAUCACCUGCACCGGGACCAUGCUCACCAUGGAUGUACGUGAGCCCAAGAAUGUGGAAGAGCUGCGGACGAUGAUGUUCCGCCUUGACUCCCGGAAUCCUGCUAAGACACCCCACGUGAUGCUGAACCAGUGGAGCAUUACUCACACCUCCAACGGCGUCAUCAUGAGCACUGAGGCCACCAACAGCUGGGAUGUCGUGCCGCAGCUGGCAAAUGUGCGAGUGAUGCUGGUGGGCAGGCAGAAAGCUGAAAACUCCGUGUCUACGAUCGCUGUUUCAUACCGACCAGUGUCAGAUGCAGAUGAGCUGACUCUUCAGGCGUUGGAGCCAACCGGCUUCGACUUCACCGGUGCCACGGCGGUGUCCCUGGGCCAUGAGGUCAUUGCAACCAGUGCGGAGACGAUCCGAAUCCGGGCUUCCAUGUAUGCUGAUGUCAACGUGGAUAUCGUCAUCGCCAACUUCCGGCUUGGCCUCAACGGUGGCGCCACGCUGUUCAACCUCAUCACCAAGCUGAACAACGGCGAGCAGAUGGACGAGGCCCUCACCUUCCGCCAGGGCUUCCGCCUGCCCGGCAGGGUUGUUGUGACUGGCAAGCAGAUCAGCAGCGAGUACAAGCUGAUGCCAGAGCUUUAUCCCGUGCCGUCACUUUGGGAGGUUCGCAUGGGAGAAGAUGCCUUGGUGGAGAUGCCUUUUACGGUGACCGUCAAUUCUGCAUUGGGUGACAUGAUGCGCGUCCGCGCUCCUCCCUAUGACUUGAAGGCGGAGGAUUUCAACAUCAUCCAGAGCGGCACUGCGGAGAUCGUGACCUCUGAGGUCAUCAGCGCCUCCAGCGGCGAGCUGGUGGCGCGGCUCAGCACACAGCUCUUCCGGGGGGUGCUCUAUGAGGUGCGCGUCAAGGUGCUGACCCCAAAGGUGCCAAAUCCCUCAGAUGCUAUGUGGACCAUCGAGUCCAGCAUGUUGUGGAGACUGGCCCUUCUGGCUGUGCUGCCUGGCGCGGCCUUCAAUGCUAGCCGACGCUUGCAGGAUACGGCUUUCGGCGACCAAGGCUUUUGCAAGGGCAACUUUGACAUUGCAGAGAUCAAGGAGGACACAGCCUUCAGCAACCCGCAGAAAUGGGUGGACGCACAUAAUCACUAUCGGUGGUGCCAUGGGCUGCCAGGGCUUUCCUGGGCCCCGGAGUUGUUGCCCUAUGCCAAAGCUUGGGUCACGCAGCUCUUGCAGCACUGUGCCAGCGGUGCAGACUUGGAAGCCUGGGCUGGCGCGGGCAAUGGGCGGCCGCACGAUCCAGGACUCUUUACCACCGAGAAACCUGAGCAAGCAGAGAAUAUCGACGUCCGGCAGUUCAACUCCAUCAAUGACCCAGAGGCCGCCAGUGUGGAGGCUUGGUACCGGGAGGUGUCUGGCUGUCCCAAAGCAGGUUGGGAGCCAGGCUGUGGCGGGCAGCUCAACCACUACACUGCGCUGAUUUGGCGCGAUGCCAAGCGGGUGGCCUGUUACGUGGGCCUGCGCGCAGACCUCCGCGUGGUGAGCUGCCGCUAUGCGGCGGCGGGAAGCCAAGGCACGGGCUGCGAGGUGCCGAACACCGUAGGCCCCCCGGGCAGUGAGGGCUGCCAGCUGGGCGCGGGGGUGCCCGGGCACCUGCCCGAGGUCCCGGCGCUGAUUCACACCUGCCCACCCGCGGCAGGCGCCGCGCCAGCUCCGCCACCUCCACCGCAGCCCGUUCCGGCGACCGCGGCCGCGCCCGCUGCAGGAAAGGGCAGCUGUGUGGAACACAGCUGCAUGGUGAGCUGCAUCAACAGAGGCCAACUCGGCACCUGCGAGCGCUGCCUCACCUCCGAGCAAUGUGGUGGUGAUUUGUUUUGCUGUCCCUUCAUGAAGAAAUGCGUGGCUAAUGGGGGCCAGCAAUGCAUGACGCCCAUUGCCUUUUGCCAGCCUCCAUGCAUGGACAGUGUUCCCUUGGAUCAGUGCAAGUGCAAUCCAAAGUAUAGCAAGGACGUCUUCCCGGGCGAAUGGCAGAAGCCAACCUGCAAGGAUGGCGAAGUGGCUCAUGCAGUGACAACCACACCAAAGCCUACUUCGCCUCCAACAAAGCUGGUCUACAGCGGCAUUAAGGAUUUGAACCAAUGGAACAGACUUUUCGGAUUUCUGAAGGACAAGCUCAAAACCCUGAAAGUCAAGCGGAUGUGUUCCAGCAUCGAGGCAACAACUCCUUCGCCAGAUCAGCAGACCACCUUCCUGAAAGCGAAUGGCAUGAUCUUCCUGAAGUUCUACGACAUGUCCUCUGUGACCCCACAAACUGCGGCAUUCGAAGGCAUCACGCCUGCGGCGACGCCCAUCAGCGACUCUGAGCUAGAUCAGAUGUGCUCGGCCACUCAGCGCUUGUGGAGCCUCGCGCCCGCUGAAGUGGCCGCAGCAAAGCCCUUCACACAGGCAGUGAUCGGCGCGGUGGGCUUGGUUGUGUUCGGCACUGCCCUGGCGUUUGCAUGGCAUCGCUUUAGUGGCGAGUCCCUCAGUCGGUGGCAGAUGGCAGAGAGUUGA